AGAAAGUUUGGUCACAUGAUAUGUUCACCUGACAAAAUCACAGUUUUCAUUGAGGAAUUCUGACGAAUUGUGUUUUCUUAAACUUUGUUCUCUCAUAAAAGCGGUUUAACAAAAAUUAAAAAAAUGAAAAUCUGUGGUCCCAAGCUAUCUCUUUGUGGUCUUAUUAUCUCUGUUUGGGGUAUUGUCCAAUUGGUUUUAAUGGGUCUAUUCUUCUACAUAAAUAGUGUAGCCCUCAUUGAGGACUUACCUCUUGAAGAGGAAUACCAUUCGUUGGAAGAUUUUUAUGCAGCUGCAAAUAGAGCAUACAAUCAGAAUGCCUACAACUGCUGGAUUGCCGCAUGUAUCUAUGUUUUGACUUUGUUGCUCUCCGCCCAGCAAUUUUACAUGAAUAGCAGAGUAACUGCUAACUAAUAAUUUGAAAUGUAGUUUCCCAACUACUUACAACUAGUAUUGAAAUUUUCUCUCCGAUAUAUUUGUUAGAGGUGUUUUCGUUUUAAUAAAGUUAAAGUUCAAUUUAAA